UUUAAAAAAGGUAUUUAGAUUUCAAAUAAUUAAAUAGGUACAUCCAUACUUGUGUGAUUUAGGUUCCAUUUACUUGAGCUAUUCAUUAAGUAUUUAAUUUAAAAUAAUAUUUAACCUAUAGGUGAUGGUAAUGAUUGAUGGAACACAUAUUCCUAUUAUGGCACCAGCAGAUGGCAGAUUAGAUUAUGUUAAUCGUAAAGGGUGGACAUCAAUUAUUCUACAAGCAGUUGUAGACCAUGAAUAUCAAAUUAGAGAUAUAUGCUGCAAACAUCCAGGGAGUUGCCAUGAUGCUUUUGUUUUAAAAGAUUCAAACUUAUUUAAAAACGCGGAUAUGCUCAUCCCUACUCAAAUGCGUAAAAUACAAGAAAUUGAUGUACCAUUAAUGAUAUUAGGCGAUCCUGCAUAUCCUCUACUACCCUGGAUUAUGAAAGGAUACACUGGUAAAAUUAACCAAUGAACAAGAUAGUUUCAAUACUUAUCUAAGUUCAGCUAGAAUGGCUGUAGAAAAUACAUUUGGUCGAAUGAAAGGACGUUGGCGUUGUCUUCAGAAAAGAAUAGAUAUACAUUACUCAUUUGUACCCAAAGUGGUUUCAUCUUGUGCAAUUUUACAUAACAUUGUUGAGAGAAAACAUGAAGAAUUUAAUUCAUCUUGGUUGAGAA